AUGAAGAUCCAAUAUCGAGAUGAGACCCUCGAGCUGGAGGAUAUUCCGGAUGAAACCAUUCGUGAUCUGGCAACAAGAUGCGCCGAAAGGAUAGGCGCAGAUGUCGAGCGAGUGUCUCUCUUUUUCCUUCCCAAACCCGGCUUUGUCAAGCAUCCGUUCUCCGACCGCAAAUUGGACGAGUUCCUCACGCCGACGACACGAAUAAAGCUAGUUGGCACGCCCAAUGCUGAGGUUAAAAAGAUGGAGGACAUGGGCGCGGCUACCCGAAGGGUGUCACGCCCGAGCGGAUUCAAACCGGUCAAGGCAAACAAGGUCCGAGAUUGGAAAAAGAUCCAGGAAGAGACAACCUACACCUUCCACGCCAUAGAGCCUCUGCCAUACCUACCAAACCCAGAAAAGAGCAGACGGUUUCUAGAGCGGCUGGCAAACGACCCGGGGAUCAAAGCAUCCAUGCGGAAGCACAAGUUCACGGUCGGGCUCCUCACAGAAAUGAAUCCCGCAGAGCACACGACCCACGAGUCAAAGACACUGGGCUUGAACCGCAACCGGGGUGAGGUGAUUGAGCUGAGGCUGCGGACAGACGCAUAUGAUGGAUACAGAGAUUACAAAGUGAUUCGCAAAACCCUUUGCCACGAACUGUCGCACAACGUCUGGGGCGAGCACGACCGGAACUUCUGGGAGCUCACAAAAGAGAUCGAGCGCGAGGUAGAGCGCAACGACACAUUGCAUGGCGGGCAUCGCCUCUCGAAUGAGGAGUUCUACGAUCCCAACGACACGUACGAGGACGCCGAGCAUGCAGACCAUGGGGGCUGGACAGGUGGGAGCUAUGUGCUGGGGGGUUCGAAGGAAGGCGAUGGUGAGAGCGCGAGUGGCCUGAGUCGACGGGACAUUGUGCUACGAGCCACCCUGGGUCGCCUACAGAAAGAAAAGGAGGCGAGAGAGCAACGAGAUUCCUCUCCACCAGCAUCUUAG